AUGGCGUUUGCCAAUCAAGAAAAAUGUCUAGUGUGCACACUUCACAUCAGCAAAUUCCCCAGGUCCGAAACCUGGCAAACGCGGCUUCGUAAUCUAUCUCCCGGCGUCGACGGCGCCUCUCUCACAGACGCCUCCGACCUAGAGAACACCCAAGCCAACUCCCCGCCGCCAUCUUCGGCAUCAUCCUCUCCCCGCCCCGCCGGCGAGCAGACGGCUUCCCCGUCCGCGCUCCCUGGCCGAGGACAGCAGCGGCACCCGCCGUGGGCGAAGCGCGAAUCCGUACUCCAGCCCUCCUCGGUCAUCGCCGUGCGCGACGUCGACAUGGGACCCUUUGACGUCCCCGGCAUCCGCCACGCCCUCGACACCGCCCCGGCCUACCCGGCCUUUAUGAUUUGCGAGGCCGUCGCCGCGCACCUGUCCACCCCGGAUUUCCUCACGCUGCGGCUCGCGUCCCGCGCCUUCUGGCCCAUCUUCCACGGCCAGCAGUUUUGGGCCGUCAAGUUCCGCCUGCACGGCGAGCGCGGCUGGGUCAUGGAGGCCAAGGAGCGUGCCAGGGCCGCGCUCACGCCGCCCGAUUGGCGGUGGAUGUGGCACGCCACCCGCGGGUGUCAGUGCCCCUGGGGCUGCCAGAGCGCCAUCCACCUGACUACGCAUAAGCAGAGGCUCAGCACCUGGCGGUGCAUCCGGAGCCUGUGCGACCUGCUCUCCCUGCGCUGGCACACCCCGGCGGCGUCGGAUCCGCAGGCCCUCGAGGCGGCUGAGAGCGAUACUCGGCCUUGGCUGAGGGUUGCCGGGAGGCUUGAUGAGGAGUCCUCUCCUCCGAAUAGGCCUAUCGAGGAAGGCUGUCGGAUUUUGCAGAAGCGGUAUUUCACCGUGCCUGGAGGGAUCAAGCGCGUGGCUGUGUCGCACGUCCGAAUCGGCCACGCGAGUUACAUUGCGGGGAUACGGCUUAUUGCAGCCGAUGAGGAGCUCGCGUUCGGGUGGCACUCGGAUAACCCCGUCGUGGUUAGGGUGGCGGGCGUUGUCGGGUUCAAUUUCGCGGCGGACUUGAGGGGGUUUAGGGCGAUACAAGUCGUGUCGAGGGAUGGUGGCACGAGCCGGUGGAUGGGUGACCUUGAGGGUAUGGCUGUGACUACGAGGCUGGGCCGUGGCGAGGAAGAACUGGCGGCGGUUGAAGUUGGGUUUGACGGCCUGAAAAUUGUGAGCCUGGCGGUACCAAACACGACCGCCGAGCGCACAACCACUCUCAAGGACAACGCUUUCUGGUUCCCCGACGUCCCUAGCCCACACCUCGACCUCAACGACGCCUCCUACCCCCAACUCGAGCACACGAAUUCCAGUUUCCAACCCUUGCAGCGCUUUCGCUUCGGAGGCCCCGGCGGCAUCUUCCUCCGCAGCCUGACCGCCGUCCACGUCCACUGCGUGUCCAACCGCCCGCGCACCAUCGAAUUCCAGUACGACUCGCCGAGCAUCCACCCCGAGAGACUACGGCUGGGGCCUGCCGCCGGCGCGGGCAGCAAAGCGUCGCUCGCCAUCGAUGGACCCGGGGAGAGGUCGUGA